AGAGACCAAACAAUGAAAAGGCGGUCAGGGCUUCCAUAGACAAUUCAAAACAAAAACAAAAUCCGAACAAAACAAAACAAACCCCCAAACCCAAGAUAAAACAAAAAGAAAAAUAAUCCGGUUCCUAUUUGCACCUGCUUCAGUGGACACUGAAUUUGGAAGGUAGAGGGUUUCCCUUGUUUUUCUUUUGUUUCCUUCAAGACUUGGGCAUCUUUUGAAUCUACCCUCCCAAGAUUUCAGGAACAGACUGUGAGCCUAGCACGGCAGAUCGUGCCCAGCGCGUUUUACUGUGCAGGAGACUUUGAGGCUGUCAGAGUGCUUUUUGCUUGGUUAUUCCUGCAAGUUUCCUUUCCAGGAGCUUCCCGCUGGUGGGCAGCUAGCUGCAGCGACGACCGCAUCGCAGCCUGUUGAACUCUUCUAGGCUAGAGAAGGGGAAACGGGUUAAAGGAAUUAGGUGGAAGAGUCAGCCAAGCCCAAGGAUGGAGGUACAGUUAGGGCUAGGGAGGGUCUACCCCCGGCCGCCGUCCAAGACCUAUCGAGGAGCUUUCCAGAACCUGUUCCAGAGUGUGCGCGAAGUGAUCCAGAACCCGGGCCCCAGGCACCCUGAGGCCGUGAGCGCAGCACCUCCCGGUGCCCAUUUGCAGCAGCAGCAGCAGCAGCAGCAGCAGCAGCAGGAGACCAGUCCUCGGCAGCAGCAGCAGCAACAGCAGGGUGACGAUGGCUCUCCCCAAGCGCAGAGCAGAGGCCCCACAGGCUACCUGGCUCUGGAUGAGGAACAGCAGCCUUCCCAACAGCGGUCAGCCUCCAAGGGCCAUCCGGAGAGUGCCUGCGUUCCAGAGCCUGGAGUGGCUUCGGCCACCGGCAAGGGGCUGCAGCAGCAGCAGCCAGCACCACCGGACGAGAAUGACUCAGCUGCCCCAUCCACAUUGUCACUGCUGGGCCCCACUUUCCCGGGCUUAAGUAGCUGUUCCACCGAUCUUAAAGACAUCCUGAGCGAGGCUGGAACCAUGCAACUCCUUCAGCAGCAGCAGCAGCAGCAGCAGCAGCAGCAGCAACAGCAACAGCAGCAGCAGCAGCAGCAACAGCAGGAGGUAGUAUCAGAAGGUAGCAGCAGCGGGAGAGCAAGGGAGGCCGCCGGUGCUUCCACCUCCUCCAAGGACAGUUACCUAGGUGGCAGUUCGACCAUCUCGGACAGCGCCAAGGAGUUGUGUAAGGCAGUGUCGGUGUCCAUGGGUUUGGGUGUGGAGGCAUUGGAACAUCUGAGCCCUGGGGAACAGCUUCGGGGGGAUUGUAUGUACGCCCCGCUCCUGGGAGGUCCACCCGCCGUACGUCCUUGCGCUCCGCUGGCCGAAUGCAAAGGUUCUCUGCUGGAUGACGGCCCGGGCAAGGGCACCGAAGAAACUGCUGAAUAUUCCCCUUUCAAGGCAGGUUAUGCGAAAGGGUUGGAUGGGGACAGCCUGGGCUGUUCGAGCAGCAGUGAAGCAGGGGGCUCCGGAACACUUGAGAUGCCAUCCACCCUGUCUCUUUACAAGUCUGGAGCACUAGAUGAAGCGGCAGCUUAUCAAAGUCGAGACUACUACAACUUUCCUCUCUCCCUAGGCGGGCCGCCUCCCCAUCCACCACCUCCCCAUCCUCACACCCGCAUCAAGCUGGAAAACCCUCUGGACUAUGGCAGCGCCUGGGCGGCUGCAGCGGCACAAUGCCGCUACGGGGAUCUGGCGAGCCUGCACGGAGCGGGUGCAGCAGGACCCAGCUCGGGCUCACCUUCGGCCACCACCUCCUCUUCCUGGCACACUCUCUUCACAGCAGAAGAAGGCCAGCUGUAUGGGCCCUGCGGCGGGAGUGGAGGCGGCAGUGCAGGCGACGGGGGAUCUGUAGCCCCCUAUGGCUACACUCGGCCACCUCAGGGAUUGGCGGGCCAGGAAGGUGACUUCCCUCCACCUGAUGUGUGGUAUCCGGGCGGUGUGGUGAGCAGAGUGCCCUUUCCAAGUCCUAGUUGUGUCAAAAGCGAGAUGGGCUCUUGGAUGGAGAGCUACUCCGGACCCUAUGGGGACAUGCGUUUGGAGACUGCCAGGGACCAUGUUCUACCCAUUGACUAUUACUUUCCACCUCAGAAGACCUGUCUGAUCUGCGGUGAUGAAGCUUCUGGCUGUCACUAUGGAGCUCUCACUUGUGGAAGCUGCAAAGUCUUCUUUAAAAGAGCCGCUGAAGGGAAACAGAAGUACCUGUGUGCCAGCAGAAAUGAUUGUACCAUCGAUAAAUUCCGAAGGAAAAAUUGUCCAUCUUGUCGCCUCCGGAAAUGCUAUGAAGCAGGGAUGACUCUGGGAGCCCGGAAGCUAAAGAAACUGGGGAAUCUGAAACUGCAAGAGGAAGGAGAGGCUUCCAAUGUCACCAGCCCCACUGAGGAGCCAACCCAGAAGCUGACGGUGUCACACAUUGAAGGCUAUGAGUGUCAGCCCAUCUUUCUGAAUGUCCUUGAAGCCAUCGAGCCAGGCGUGGUGUGUGCUGGACAUGACAACAACCAGCCCGACUCCUUUGCAGCCUUGCUCUCUAGCCUUAAUGAAUUGGGUGAAAGGCAGCUUGUACAUGUGGUCAAGUGGGCCAAGGCCUUGCCGGGCUUCCGCAACCUGCACGUGGAUGACCAGAUGGCAGUCAUUCAGUACUCCUGGAUGGGGCUCAUGGUGUUUGCCAUGGGCUGGCGAUCCUUCACCAAUGUCAACUCCAGGAUGCUCUACUUCGCCCCUGACCUGGUUUUCAAUGAGUACCGCAUGCACAAGUCCCGGAUGUACAGCCAGUGUGUCCGAAUGAGGCACCUCUCUCAAGAAUUUGGAUGGCUCCAAAUCACCCCGCAGGAAUUUUUGUGCAUGAAGGCGCUGCUGCUAUUCAGCAUUAUUCCAGUGGAUGGGCUGAAAAAUCAAAAAUUCUUUGAUGAACUUCGAAUGAACUACAUCAAGGAACUUGAUCGUAUCAUUGCUUGCAAGAGAAAAAAUCCCACAUCCUGCUCAAGGCGCUUCUACCAGCUCACCAAGCUCCUGGACUCUGUGCAACCUAUUGCUCGAGAGCUGCAUCAGUUCACUUUUGACCUGCUAAUCAAGUCCCACAUGGUGAGCGUGGACUUUCCAGAAAUGAUGGCAGAAAUCAUCUCCGUGCAAGUGCCCAAGAUUCUUUCUGGGAAAGUCAAGCCCAUCUAUUUCCACACGCAGUGAAGCUUUAGAAGCCCCUGUCUUCUCACCACCACCACCACCACCCCCGCUCCUCUUUUCAGAUAUCUUCUGCCUGUUAUAACUCUGCACUACUACUCUGCAGUGCCUUGGGGAAUUUCCUCUUUUGAUGUACAGUCUGUCAUGAAGGUGUUCUUGAGUUCUAUUUGCUGUACUUUCCCCCCUUCUUUUCCUCC